AUGCCAGAAAAGCUCAUUCCUGCCAAGCAGGAUAUUGAAGAUGACUUCUGCGCAACCUUGGGGGAACAAUCACUGGUUCAUGACAUGUCACGCCAACAUAAUGAUCCUACAAGAAGUGACACCAAUUCGCAUCCUCUCCAACAACUGGAACCCUCUCGCCCUCUCCAGAAGGACUACGAGGGCCACAAGAUGAAGAUUCUGGUGCUGAGUUUUCUCCUUGGUCUGGUUUGUGAUGCCCAAGAAGCGGAUGAUCAGAAAGGUCUCUCACAGCUUUCAGGAAAAUGGAGAACUGUGUACAUCGCCUCCACUAGCCCAGAGAAGAUCGCUGAGAACGGGCCAUUCAGAGCUUACUUGUGUUACCUUGUCUUUGAUGAUGAACAGGGCACAGUAGACUUUUACUUUUAUGUCAAGUUGAACGGAGAAUGGGUAGCAAAACAUGUCACGGGGGAAAAGCAAGAAAACAACACUUAUCUUGUUAAGUAUGAGGGCGAAAAUGAAUUUGAAGUUAUUUAUGCAUCUGACACUAUUCUGGUAAUAAGUGUUGUCAACAAGGAUAAGAAUAGAAAAUGUGGGGAGAUACAAUUGGCUGGAAUAUUUGUUAAAGUAAAUGAUAUUGAAGAGAAAGCCUUGGAGAUAUUCAAGGAGCUGUUGAAACUGAAAGGAAUUGAAGAAAAACAUAUUGUGGAUUUCUUCAAAAGUGGUAAUUGA